GCUUCGGUGAGGAAGAGGAAAGCUGUCUGCUGCUGCUUCUUCAAUGGCGGUCUUGGGACCCCGGCCUGAAUUGUAUCGAUGGCGGCGCUUCAGCCAGCCUUUAUCCAAGCGGAAGAAAAAAUUCGACGCUGAUAAUGUGGACCACUGGAUUAAGAGAGUGGAACAAGCUUCUGAGUAUGCUGUUUCUGAGGCUUUUUCCUUGAAAAAGACAUCUUACACCAGGGGUCUUCAUGGUCCAGUGCUAAAUUUGGAAACAACAGAUCAACUACUGGAUCAUGAUGAGGCAUAUGCAGAAGCUCAAGAACUGCUUAGUGACUGGAUGGAUUCCAAGUUGAAACUGGAACUGAUGAGUGAUCAAGACGAUGCUGAUGGGAAUCCUAUCAUGCCAAUUCCUUCCCAAGAGCCCACUGUUGCCUUUCAGACAUAUCAAAAAUUUGAUGAGUUAUAUGAGUAUUUGGAAGAAGAGCUGGAAGAUACCACAGUGCAGGAUUAUUUGCAACAUCUGUUGCAAAGUGAAGUUGUGAAUAGCGGUAUACUGGAGGACCUUAGAACGGAAGAUCUCAAAGAGAAAAAGAAGACUAGGGACCCACGAAUGACCAUGGAUUUAAGACAUAAACAGGUAAAAGAAAAUCGGCUGAGACGGCAGAAAGAGCUUGAACUUCUAAAACAGGAGAGAGCCUUGAAAAAAUCUGCAAUAUCUGAGGCUCAGAAGCAGCUCCAGGAAGAGAAAAAGAAAAAAGCUUUGAAAGCCAAAAAAGAAGAGGAGGAAAUUCAAAAGCAGAUGGUGAAGCUUCGAAAAGAGAUGGUAGAUAGAAGGCACCUGAUGGAAGGAGCACGGAAAAUGGAACAAAAGAGACACAAUUUGAAGAGGAGUCACAGGCUGGUAGAAUUUGGCCUGCUUCCUAGUAUGUCAGGCCCUAUAGAUUGUGAGAAAGAAGAACUAAAAAAGGAGAAACACAUCAAAAUUCAAGAGCUGCUGAACAGAGUUGAUGUUGCAAAUAAGAAGUGCCUACAGAAGUAUUUUUCUACAUGGUACAAGCUCAUUCUGGAUCUCAGGCUUAAGAUGGGAAAAGCAAGAGCUCUUGCGGACUGGAAGUGCCAACUGAAGACUCUGCGAGCUUGGAGAGAUCACGUCUGGUCUCAGAAACUGGAGCAGGAGACUAAAAAAAUGGAGCACGAGCUUCGGGAUCAGAAUAGGAAAAAACUGUUGGCUACAGAAUUUAAUCGGAAAUGCAUUUUGCGUCACUGUUUUGCUGAGUGGCAACACUGGAGUCGAGCAGAGGUGGAAAAAAGAGAACUACAGUUGAAAAAGGAGGAAACCAGGAAGAAAAUGGCAAAGCUGCUAGAGGAAGUAGCAUUGGGGAAGCUUCUUCCUGUGUGCAGUUCAUGGGAUGCCAAGAGUCCCCAUGAGACAGGAGGAGCUAUGGACCAAUGUGUGGCUGAAAUACCCCUGAUACAAGUCGAUCCUCCAAUUGAAAAUGCUGAAAACACAGAUUCCUACUCUUUAGUUAAAAGUCAAAAAUUUGAUCAUCAUUCGCCUCAAAAGCCCAAAUGGGCAUGGCAGGUUACCUUGAAACAUGCUGCUUUAAAUACUCAGGACCGUGCCAUGUUUGUUAACCCUACAAGAGACUAUGUGCAACAUCUAGGAAAGACAAAACAAAAAUCUGCUUCUGUUUUCUUGGGCCCCAUGGAGCACCGCCAUGCUUUCCAGCAACAGUUGAUUGAAGAACAGAGACGGCAGCUUCAAGAACAGCAAGAACUGAUCCUUAAACUCCAAGAAAAUGAGAGACUAAAAGCAGCCAGGGAAGAGGCUACACGAGCCACAACUGCUACUUUAGCACUCGACAACCAUGUACAGAAAACCAGGGAAGGAAAGAAAUCAAAUUCCAGUAACAGAGAGCCUUUAAGGUCAGAAAAAUCCCAGCCAGCAGUCCAAAGCAAAAAGAACUUGAAAAUGGUAUCUACAACCCAUCCUUUACUCAGAGCUAUGGAAGAGAGAGCAAUAGAGCGAGCAGAACGGAGGAAAGAAUUGGAAGAAGCAAAGAGGAAACGAGAAGAAGACAAGCUUGCCCAAAUGCAGGCUGAAGAAGAAGAGCGCCAGAGGGAAGAAGCAGCAGAAAAGGAAGCUCAAUUAGAAAAAAGACGGGAGGAAAGAAAACUGCAAAAAAUUAAAGAACUGGAAAAUCAGAGGAGGUUAGAGAGAGACCAGCAGCUAUUGUCAAAAGCAAAGGAGCAUUAUGAUAUGGUUCUACUCAAGAAAAAGGGUUUUGAGCCCUGGAAAAAACUAAUAGAGCAAGCCCAGGAAAAUGUGCUGUUGGCACAAAAGCACCGUGGCUGUAGACUGAAAAGGAAGUGUUUACUUGCCUGGCUUCAUCAUAUGCAAGAAAAUUUGACUGAGAAAACAAUUAAAGCUGAAGAGCUUUAUUCCUCCCUGUUGCUCAGAAGGUACUUCAGGAUCUGGAUGCAGUACAAGAAUUACUUAUCUGCUCUGGAAGAGGAUGCAAUAAAGCACCAUGAAAGCUCCCUUAAAAAGAAGGUCUUUUGGGCUUGGUUUGAUGUGUUCAGUGAAGAGAAAACUGCACUCUGGGAGAAACAGAAGAUUGCAGAUCAAUAUAGUGACAGGAGGAUAAUGCUAACUGUGUUCAGAACCUGGAGUAAAUUUCCAGCAUUGAUGAAAGAGGAAAGGGAGAAAGAAAAAAGACUGGAACAAUUGAGGAGGAGAGUAUCUGAAAUUUUGCCAGAUUUCCGAACAUUACAAAUGGAUUCCAGACAAGAAAGUAACUAGACUUGGGAGUUAGGGGGAAGAAUUUGCAUGUCCCAUUCUCUGAGUCUUAAUCUAUAAAAUUGGUUCACGCAAAUGGCAGAGCUGUGUGAUUUUGUUUCUGCCAGUGUGAGACCAUCUUUUGUUUUCCAGAGAAAAUUGCUGAUUAAACCCCUGCUUAAGUACA